UCUGGCAAAUUAGUUUCCCCUCUUAUAUAAAGUGGAGCACCCCAAGCUCAAGGUCAGGGAGCAGCAAUGACGCAGGAGAUAGAGCACACCCAUCUCCCCAUCCGUGGGCUCAACCUCCAUGUUGCUCAAGUAGGCAAAGAUGAGCUAGGGACGGUGGUGUUCUUGCACGGCUUCCCGGAGAUAUGGUACACCUGGCGCCACCAGAUGCUGGCCGUGGCUGCCGCAGGGUACCGUGCCAUCGCCCCCGACAGCCGAGGCUACGGGCUGUCGGACCAGCCGCCGGAAGACGUGGAGGCCACCUGGGAGGACCUCGUCGCCGACGUGUUGGCCAUCCUGGACACGCUCUCCAUCCAGAAGGUGUUCCUGGUGGGCAAGGACUACGGCGCCAUCCCGGCGUAUGACUUCGCGCUGCGGCACCCGGACCGCACGCGUGGGGUGACAUGCCUGGGCAUCCCCUUCAGCCCCGCACCCUUCGACUUCACCACCAUGCCGGAGGGCUUCUACAUCCUGCGGUGGCGUGAGCCGGGCGGGAGGGCGGAGGCGGACUUCGGCCGGCACGACGUCCGGCGCGUGGUGCGCACCAUCUACAUCCUCUUCUCCCGUGCCGAGGUGCCUAUCGCGGAGGAAGGCCAGGAGAUCAUGGACCUCGCCGACCUCUCCACGCCCCUGCCGCCAUGGUUCACGGAGGAGGACCUCGAUGCCUACGCCGCGCUCUUUGAAAAGUCCGGCUUCCGCUACCCUCUCCAGAUACCAUACAGGGCUCUCCACAGGAUGAAGAUGCAGCUGGACGCCAAGUUCCAGGUGCCGGUGCUGAUGGUGAUGGGGGAGAAGGACUACUGCUUCAAGUUCCCUGGGUUUGAAGAAGCUAUGAGGAGCGGCGCCAUGGAGACCUUCGCGCCAGACCUCAAGAUCGUCUACAUCCCUGAGGGGUCCCACUUCGUGCAGGAGCAGUUCCCGGAGCAGGUCAACGACCUCCUCCUCGGCUUCCUCAAGGACCACCCAUGAACGAACGGCAGAUGAGAGUGAGAUCGGAUUGAAGGUCUCCAUGAAUAAAAUGUUGCUCUGCUUCAACCAUGCAUGUAGCUCUGAAUUUUCUUCUACUCAUUGGUAGCAAUCUUCAAAAGAUGUGGAAUUUCCUUGGUCAUCCUCCAAGAAACCAAUGAACAUACAGUAUCUUCCUUCUC